AUGAACAUCCAUCCGCAGCCGCCAGCAUCGAAUACCACAAGCCAAUCUACAUUUGAUAAAGCUCCCGUCGAUUCAGCAGAACCCCUGACAGUCAAUGAAAAAAUAAGGGAAGAUGCGAGCCAUGGCGCAAACUCACACUUGCCUACCGAUGCGCCAGGUCCUGACGACGAAAAGCCGAAGCGGAGUAAGCUCAAGAUUACACUCAUAAUGUUGAGUUUGGGCAUCUCUGUGUUACUGGUUGCUUUGGAUAUCACGAUUGUAACUACAGCUCUUCCAACAAUUGCUGAACACUUCAACUCCGCUUCUGGCUAUACCUGGGUCGGCAGCGCAUACUUGAUCUCCAACUCAGCCGCUACCCCAAUAUGGGGAAAAGUAUCAGAUAUUUUUGGGAGGAAGCCAAUUCUCCUCGUCACCAAUGCCAUCUUCUUCAUUGGUUCGCUGUUGGCAGCUGUUUCCGUGAACAUGAAUAUGCUUAUAGCAUCCAGGGUCAUACAAGGUAUUGGAGGGGGAGGGUUGAUUGUCCUGGUGAACAUUUGCAUUUCUGAUCUCUUCGCAAUGCGAGAGAGGGGGGCAUACUUUGGUAUCAUCGGCGGUGUUUGGGCAUUGGCAUCAUCUCUGGGGCCCGUCGUUGGCGGCGCCUUCACUCAAAAGGUCUCAUGGAGGUGGUGUUUCUACAUCAAUCUACCCUUGGACGGAGUGGCUUUUGCCAUUGUUCUGUUCUGCUUGGAUCUUCAUACACCGAAAACUCCAUUGGGCAAAGGCUUGAAGGCGGUCGAUUGGCUUGGAUCGUUCACCAUGGUUUCUGGAACGAUUAUGCUGCUUCUUGGACUUGAGUUUGGGGGCGUUUCGUUCCCAUGGAGCUCUGCGACGGUCAUCUGUUUGAUCGUAUUUGGCGCCAUCACCAUCGGCUUGUUCUUCAUCAUCGAAUAUCGCUUUGCGCCGUCUCCAUUGAUGCCUCUCCACGUCUUCUCGCAACGUUCCAACCUGGCCGCGCUCGGGACUUGUUUCUUCCACGCAUACGUAUUCAUCUCUGCAUCCUAUUUCUUGCCACUCUAUUUCCAGGCCGUGCUUGGAGCGACUCCCAUACUUUCCGGCGUAUACCUACUGCCUACGGCCAUAUCUCUUUCCUUUUUGUCGGCAUUUACUGGCAUCUUCAUACGAAAGACUGGACAAUAUCUGCCCUGCAUUUGGUUCGGUUUUAUAUUCAUGACCAUUGGGUUCGGUCUGUUUAUCGACCUGGGACCGCGCUCCUCCUGGGCCAAAAUCAUCAUCUAUCAAAUCAUAGGCGGAAUUGGUGUUGGACCUAACUUCCAAUCACCACUCAUUGCGCUACAAAGUCUUGUUCCGAAAAGGGACGUCGCCACAGCUACGUCCACUUUUGGAUUCGUGCGCAAUCUUGGCUCUGCCAUCAGCAUUGUCGUCGGAUCAGUGAUUUUCCAGAAUCGCAUCGAGACGUACCAGCCGCUUCUACGGUCCACGCUUCCGCCGCAGGUAGCCGAUGCGUUCGGUGCUGGCUCGGCCGGCGCCAGCGUGGGUCUCAUCAAAAGCCUCCCAGACAACGAGAAGGCGGUAGCGCGAUAUGCAUUUUCGAAAUCCCUGAGCACCAUGUGGAUCAUGUAUGUCUGUUUCUCGGCCGCGGGCUUGGCCGUGAGUCUCUUGAUCACCAAGAAUGUGCUACAGAAGCAACAUGAGGAGACAAAGACUGGGUUGGAGGAAGAAAAAGCAAGACGUUUGGAACGUGAGCAGGCAAAGGCCGAGAAGAGAAGAAAGAAAUCCAACCAGGCCAAUCUGCCAACCGACGUCGAAGCCGCCAGUGAUCCUGCUCUGGCGGAGAAGAAAGAUCCUGUGGUUUGA